AUGGAACGAGAUACACAAGACCAAGGACAAAGGAUUCUGCGAUCUUCUGAUAUGGAUCCUAUUGAGUUUGACCCUCAAGUGUUGGGCAGCGUAUAUGGUGACGAGUCUAUGGAUCGUGGUAGUCGGCCUUUCCAACAGUCCAAGACCACUGAGUAUUGGUCAGUCUGCAUAGAAAUCUUUCAACAAUUAGAGUCUCACAUGUGUACCUAG